AACACCGACGACCCACGUUCAUUUGAACCAUUGAAACAACAUUUUUUAACAGAAUUAAGAGAUUUAUUGAAUAAAAUUAAAUGGUCAUUAAGCUGUAUGCUAAAAAAACAAUCGUCAAGCGUGACAGAACAUUUAGCUGGACUAUCUAAAGACAACGUUGAUGACGUAUCAGUUACACUCGAAAAGACUCCAGCCAUGAUUUUGCAGUGUGUUGACGUUAUGGAAAAUUGGAACACUGACAUGAGAGGCCUUCUUUCCAAUAUUUUUGAGAUUCGAGAACGAGACACUAUUCAAGAAGAAUUUACAUUUUGGAAAGAAAGCGAAGAAUCCGUUCGAUACAUAUUGGACGAAAUAGAGUCGGAAGAUGCAAAAUUAUUUCUAGAAGUCAUUGAAAAAACUUCGAAUUCUGUUGAGGCAAUUAAAAAUACUUGGGAAGCUUUUAAAAUUGGAAAAUUACAGUUCACUCGAGUCUGUAGUUUAGCAAAAGAUAAUUUGAAAUACAUAUCGCUUAUCAUGGAACACUAUGAGGAAUUCGCGUCCGCAGAUUUUAUUACCAUUAUAGAAAUCAUUCGCAUUUGGUUCGAUGAUUUGAGGACAAUAUGGGUGUUAUCUCCAUACUUUGGAAAAGACAUUAAUAUGUUAAGGUUACUGAUUCAAAUCGCCAACGGUCUUUGUGAGGUUGUCCGACAGAAUUUAGGAGAUUUAAAAACAAUAUUUAAGAAUAAAGACGUUAAGGAAGUAUCGGAAAUGUCUUUCAACGCUACUAAAAUGAUAGAUGCCUGGUCAACUGGUUAUUUGGAAAGCAGGAAAUCAAUUGAAGUGUCAGGAUUUCACCGUUGGGAAUUCGACAAAUGUAAAUUGUUUAACAAAACUAACUACGUCAAACGCGUUGCAAAUGAUAUUCACGAAAUAGUUGGAAAAAUUAGUCAGUUCCUUAAUAUUUUGGGCCCGGAAUUGAGAUCGGUUAUUAAGGAUAUGAUUGGUCUAGAUGUUAUGAUAAAUCGAGUGAAAUCUCUCUAUAAAGUAUUUGACUCGAUUGAUUUUGAUUUAUUUUGUGAAGACAAUGUCGAAAACUGGAAUUUAUUUCUAAAAGAAUUCAACUCAGAAGUAUUAAGGGUAGAAGACGAGUGUAAAAUAUUUAUUGAUUGGUGUUUCAACAACUUACGAUCGUGUAAAGAGGCGUACACGACUUUAGAGCGUUUUCAAAACUUUUCGACAAGGCCAGUUUUCAAAGAGCAACUCAAACAUAAAUAUGGCGCUAUACUUCAGCAAUAUGAAAAUGAAUUGACAACAAUAGAAGCUUGGUUUUUGACUCAGCAGCAAGCUCCACGAGUAUCUCGACAUCAUCCUCCGGUCUCUGGAUCGAUAUUUUGGGUGCGCAUGUUGUUUGAUAAAAUCAAAGAACCAAUUAAAGUGUUUCAAACUGCAAACGAAUUCAACUCAUCCCAGAAAAAUAAAGUUUUAGAAAUGUACAAAAACAUUGUAGAACAGAUGAAGUUUUAUGAAAAAUCUAAACUCAAAACUUGGAUAAACGAAGCAAAAUAUUUGUCUACUCAUGAAAUAAACAACUGCAUACUAACAUGUUCAAGUCUGCCGAAUGUGGAAAAUGGAAUAUGUAAAUUAGAAGAUUACAAGAAUUGGUCUUCUUGGAUAAAAUUUCUCGGCGGAAAAAAUAAUAUAUUGUUAGAUAAGCAGUUAAUUUUCAAGACUAACUUAAACGAAAAAAUGUAUGUGUUAAUCGAGGAAGCCGAAAUGAUGGAAAAUCUAGGAGUUGAUUUACCUAAAGACGUACGGCUAUUGAUAUCACACAAGAAUAAUUUUUUGGAAGCCAUUAAAAAAGUCAAUAACAUGGUUGCCAUGUACAACGAUCUUUUAACGUCGAUGAAUAGUGCUCAGCGUUCCGUGCUGAAACACAAACUGAAGGGUAUCGAAGAUUACUUUUACGCGGGUCUUUGUCAUUACAAAUGGUUUUCUAUAAGUAUAGAAAUAUUUACUAAUGACGGUAUUAUUUUAAUAAAUAAAGUCAAAAAUCAAUACAAUAGACUUCAGAUAGUUGAAUCGUAUAUUAUGAAAUCGAUAAUAUCGUUGGAAGAUAUAAAUUUAUUUCCAACGAAUAUUUUAACCGAGAACAAUUUACAAGCCGGAAAAAACAAAACCAUGGCUUCGAUUUAUGAAAGUUUUUGGUUUCAACAAUUUCGACAUAUCCAAUCGACUCAUCAAGUUAUUUCGAAGCGUUUAAUUUGCAUGGAAAUUUAUCUGUUUGGAACAAAGAGUGGACGCAGUGAGCCCAUGUAUGAAAUGUAUGAGAAGUAUGACACUAUGUUGUUUGACUCGGUUUUGAAGAUGUGCCUGAAAAAUCUGAGUACCUAUGAAGCAACUGUAUUGACAGAAUAUUCAUUAAUUAUACUGACGACAAUUUUGACAAAAAAAGGCGUUACUGUUGUUCCAAAUAUGUAUUUUACUUAUAACAACAUCAUAAGAAACGUGUCUGAGUGUCUGAAUUGGUUGCAAAUACUGCCAAGAUGGCAAAAAAGAUCUUGUUUGUGUCAAUCGAAUUUGGAAGAUCACUGGAAAACGGAACAUCAGGAGAAAACAUUUUAUACAGAUAUAAUACGAAAUAGAAAUGUACAAAUGCAUAUAGAACACAUUAAAACAAAUGCACACAGUUUGAUGGUUAAAAUAAAUAAGUAUUUGAAAAGGUGGAAAAAAUUUCAGUUUUUAUGGAAUGGACAAUUCCAAGUAAAUAAUGAUCUUCUCAAUGAGUAUAAAAAUCAAACAAUCUAUGAAUAUGAAAACAAAUUUAAUGAUUUUUCACGACUUUUCAAAUAUUUUUCUAAUCUUGCACCACAUAAACAAAUCCAUUGUAUUCAGUUAGAUCUAGCUCCAAUAAUAAAUCAAAUGCAACGUUUCACUAAAAAAGCGUUAAAUAUUUACGCAGAUGAACUCUUACAUAUCACGAGACAACUGAUGCAUUCACAAAAACGCAAAUUAGAUACUUUCAGAAUAUUGGUCGAUGACGAUAUAAAAACCGACGAGGACUUGCAGAACGUACUCCAUAAAAUAGAAGAAAUAAGAAAAGAACAAGUCAACGUUGAGCAUUUUUUCCAAAAUAUAAACCACCAUAUUUACGUGUUGAAUGAAGCCGAAGUGAUAAUGCCUCGAGAAAACAUAGCAUGCAUUUCUAAGAUGCAAAACGAUUGGAUAGUUUUGCAGAAUAAUGCUAAAGAAAAGGAAAUGUAUUUAGAACAAGCUAAGAAUAUAUGGUCGCACAUCACAGCAAUAAGUAUUGAAACUUUUUUGCAAGAGCUAAACACAUUUUUAGAAGAUUACGAACAGCGUAGUUGUCAGACUGCAAAAGACGAUUUAGACAUUGAGCUCAAAACAAUGAAUGAAUUCAAUAAUUCUUUUACGCUUUUAAUGAAUAAAAAACAAGAAUUGUCUAAGGUUGAAAACAUAUUUAACCUAAAUUUAUUACAUACCGAGAAAUUUGAUAAACAUUAUGCGGAAUUUCAAAAUAUGAAACUAGUAUUUAAUUUGUAUGAAAAUCAAAAAGUUGAUAUUAAAAAAUGGUCAGAAAUGCCAUGGACAGAAAUCAACAUGGAAUUCGUCAGAGAGGCGUUUGGAGCACUUAUGUUACAAUUUAAAAGACUGCCUUUUUUGGCGCUAAAGACACAUUCGGCGUUCAUUAUGGGAAAUUAUUUAACUGUUCUUAGGCGAAGUAUUCCAAUCCUGAUGAAACUCAAAUCCAGCGCUCUGAAACCAAGACACUGGAACGAAAUUUUAGACGAAAUUGGUAUACAAUUCAACAUUUAUAAAGAAACGUUGACUUUCGGUACUUUACUGAAAAUGAGAGUUAUUAAACACAAACAUAUAAUCGACCGAGUCCUCGGUAAGGCGAUCGAAGAAAAUAACAUUGAAAAACAAUUGAAAAAUAUCAAAGAGAGGUGGUCAACUAUGACUUUGGAAAUCGAAAAAUGUACAAAUAAUUCGUUAAAUGUUGAGUAUAAAUUGCACGACGUGUGUCAUGUUUUGCAAACAUUAGAGGACGACCAGAUUACUAUGCAUAAAAUGCUGAGUACUCAUGCCGUGGAACCAUACUUGCCGUUAGUUGAAAACUAUCAAAAAGAUUUGUCGACGAUAAAUGAAGUACUCGACAAAUGGUGGUGUGUACAACAAAAAUGGACUUACUUAGCCCAAAUAUAUUCAAGUACAGAAAUACUAAGUAUUUUCCCGAGGGAAGCCGAACAAUUCAAGGAGUUAAACGAAUUGUACAAAGAUAUUAUGGCUCGAGCGUAUAGAAAAUCAAAAAUUCUCAAUCAAUGUCUAAAAUCGGAUGUUUUAAAUGAAUUUCUGUUACUGGAAAAACGCUUAGAUACAAGCAAAAAAAUAUUGAAAAAUUUCAUCUCGGAAAAAAGGAAUGCAUUUCCAAGAUUUUAUUUUAUGUCUGACGACAAUUUACUAUACAUUUAUGGACAUAAUAAUCCAUUGAAUAUUCAAGAAACUAUUGUUCAAGUGUUUGAUAACAUUAAAACUUUGGUUUUCGAAAACAAAGAGGAGAAUUAUGUAAUUACUGCUAUGGCGUCUUGCGAUGGUGAACUCUUACAACUUAACAAUUGCAUUGUUGUUCAAAAAUCAGUGGAUGAUUGGAUGCAUAAGUUAAUCGAAGAAAUGCAAAAAACUCAUCGACAUUUAACUAAGAAAGCUAUACUAGACUAUGCGUCGGCUACUAAUGGAAGUUCGAGGUUCGACUGGUUGCACAAUUUCCAAGGUUCGGUGUGCCUAGUUGCUGACGACGUGUGGUGGACUGCUGAAGUGAAUAACGUUUUCAAAGAAAUGCAUUCAGGUGGAAAGUCGAGUGUGAAAGAGUAUUUAAAUCAUCUCAAGGAUAGAUUAAAACAAAUAAUUGAUAAAAUUAGAGGAGAAAUUCGCGAAAGCGAUAGAAAUAAAUUGAACGCCUUGUUGUUAUGUGAUGUUCAACAUAGAGAUAUUAUCGAAUCGUUCAUUAAUAACAACGUAAUCAAUGCCAACGAUUUUGAGUGGGAUAGUGUACUGAAGUCCUAUUGGAUAAAAAAUGAAGAUGACUUAUAUCUUUCGCAAUGUUCAGGACUUUUUAGUUAUGGACAUGAAUUUAUGGGACUAAGCAAAAGGAUUAUAGCAACACCAUUAACCAAUCGUAUUUUCUUGACGUAUACUCAAGCAUUAAUGAAUAACUUGGGCGGUGCCUCCAUUGGUUCAACUGGAACAGGGAAAACCGAAACCACACUGACAUUAUCGAAAUUAUUAGGACGAUUUUGCGCUGUCAUAAAUUGUAGCGAUGGAUUUGAUCAUCAGACAUUUGAACAGUUUUUGAAUGGAAUAUGCCUAAGUGGAGUUUCGGGAUUAUUUACCAGGUUUAAUCGAAUAAAUAAAAAAUCACUGUCGGUUAUUUCGAUUAUAUUGUCAUCAGUGAAGUCGAAAUUAUUUGGAAACAAAAAUGAAUCUAAAGGCUACGAUAUGAUGUUAAAUUCAAAAGUCGGAUUAUUCGUUACUAUUAACGUCGAAGAAAUGAACGAUAAGUCAAAAGAAAUCGGAGAAAUUAUAAAAACUCAUUUUAGGCCCGUCACGUGUCUACUUCCGGAUUUUGAACAAAUUUGUCUAACUAUGCUUUAUUCUAACGGAUUUCUCGAAGCAAAAUCAUUGUCAAAGAAAGUAACAUUGUUAUACAAACUAUGCGAUGGACUUUCCAAGCCAUUCAAUAGCGUCUUUAAUUUAAGAUCGUUGAAAUCAUUUGUGUUUACUGCACGCAAAAUUAAAGACUGUCACCGAAAUUUCGAAGAAAGUGCUAUAAUAGUAAAAGCGUUGCGUGAUUUACAUCUAUCACAACUAAACGGUAAAGAUACGUUAUUGUUUUUAUCGUUUUUAACCGACCUUUUCCCCAAUCAUGAGUACUUUAAAACCGAUGAUAAGUGUUUCAACCUGGCCGUAGAAAGCGCAAUCAAACAUGGCAAUUACAUGAAUAUUGACAGUCAAGUUGAAAAAGUUUAUCAGACAAUGUACACACUUACACACCGGCAUUCACUCGCUAUAGUUGGUUCCACGUGUGGUGGGAAAUCUGCCAUUAUUGAUAUAUUAUGUGAAACGUUGAAUUAUAUGAAAAUACAAACCCAAUUGACCACACUGAAUCCUAAAGCAUUUAAAAAAUCAGAGCUGUACGGUUACUUGGAUAUAACGACAAGAGAAUGGAAUGACGGUUUACUAACACACAUUUUCAGAAAAAUCAAUCAACCUAUUAUCCCGAACAAACAUUCGAAUAAUUUUAUCUUGUUUGACGGCGACAUCGAUUUAGUAUGGACUAACGAUCUCAGUUCUGCGAUGGACGAUAAUAAAAUGUUAACGUUGAAGAACGGCGAACAAAUAAGACUUAUCCCACAAUGUAAGCUUUUAUUUGAAGUCGGUGAUUUGAAGUAUGCAACACCUUCUACAGUUUCCAGGAUGGGUUUGAUUUUCGUUGACUCUAACAGUCUUGGUUACAUGCCAUACUGGGUACGUUGGUUGGAAUCAAGAAACUUAAUGGUAAAAACAGCCAUGGACCAGUGCUUUCAAAAAUACGUACCUAAAUUAAUAGAUUUUAUCUUCGGAGAAAACACUACAUCAAGGAAUUCAAAAAAGUUAAACACAGCAGUGCGACAAACUAAAUUGAAUAUGAUCACUCAACUUUGCUUUGUUCUGGAUGCAAUGUUGCCUUUAAUUUCUUCUGAAAAUCAUUCAUCGAAAACGAGUUUUGAAAAAAAAAUGUCAUCAAUCGAAGAUACAUCAUCUACUCCGUUGCACUCGAUGAUGACUUUUGUCGCAGGAAUGGACGUGUUGGAAGCUGUAUUCAUACAAGCGUUAUAUUUAUCUUUGGGGGCUUCGUUGACAGAAAUUACCUCAAGACAUGCAUUUGAUAAAAAUGUAAAAAACAUUAGCGAAUUUCCUAGCAAUCAUAAUACCGAUGAAAUGUCGAAAAAAUCGGACCUUAAAUACAUACCUAGUGACGAACCGACUUGGUAUGAUUAUUUUUUGGAUUUUGAAAAACUAGAAUGGAUAUCGUGGAAUACAGUAGUUCCUAGUUAUGUACAUGACACAAAUGCUAAAUUAUAUGAUAUAUUCGUGCCAACCAUCGAAUCCACUAAAACGAUUUGGAUACUACAAUUGAUUAAUGAAUAUUAUUUCAGAAGUGCAAUUUUUAAAAAGGUAAAACGUCCGACUAUUAUUGUCGGGGAAAUGGGAUCAGGAAAAACUUCAACAAUGCAAUAUUUUAUGCGAAACAUAAAACAAAAUGAAUAUAUUAGAAUGACUAUAAGCUUUUCAGCCAGAACGUCAUCAAAAGACGUACAAAAUAGUUUAGAAACAAAUUUAGAAAAACGUUCUAGAAGUGUGUUUGGUCCCCCCAUUGGAAAACGACUUCUUUAUUUCAUUGACGAUUUAAAUUUACCUAAUGUCGAUGAAUAUGGCACACAAGAACCUAUAGCAUUUCUGAGAAGUACCUUUGAUAAACGAGGCAUGUACGAGCGAGAUAAAUAUUUCCACUGGAAGGAACUUGUCGAUAUUUGUUUUUAUGCGGCCAUGGGUUUUACAGGAUACGGUCAAAAAGAAUUAGAUCCACGAUUUUUGUCGCUGUGUUCUGUUUUUUUUCUACCUUUACCAUCCGAGGACACGGUCAAAAAUAUUUUCAGUACAAUUUUGUCGAAAUAUACCGAACGUUUUACAGAUGAUAUUCAAAAUACCGUUACUAAUAUAAUAGACAUGACUAUUUCGCUGUACCAAAUUGUACUUGAAAAACUACACCAAACGCCAGAAAAAUAUAUGUAUGUGUUUAACAUGAGUCAUAUUACUUUCAUUAUUUACGGAAUGGCCUGUAUAACGCCUGACGUAUUUAAAACAGUUGAAUCAUUCGUUCGAGUGUGGCGAAACGAAUUUACCAGAGUAAUUUGCGACAGGUUAAUAACACAACAGGAUCAAGAAAUAGUUGAAUAUCAUUUAAAACAAGAAUUGAAAACGCGUUUUCCUCUUCAAGCCAAUUAUGUGCUUAGAGAUCCUCUUAUUUUCGGAGAUUGCAGAAACGCUAUUGGCUCAAAAAAUCAAACACGACAAUACGAAGACUUAAUUGAUUAUGAUUCAGUAUUUUAUUUAUUCCAAGAAAUAUUAUUAGAAUAUAACAGGACACAAGGUUUACUAGACAUGGUACUUUUCAAUAACGCGUUAGACCAUUUAAUACGAAUUCACCGAAUGUUAAGAAUGGAUAGAGGUCAUGUCCUUUUAGUUGGAUUAAGCGGAAAUGGAAAAACUUCUUUAUCUAAAUUAUCUGCAUUUACAUCUGGUUACAAAAUGUGUUUUAACAAAUUUCAAACCACGUGCAACUAUAAAUUGACCGAACAUAAAUUUAAAGAGGACUUGCAUAAUAUAUUCUUUCAAGUUGGAAUCAAAAACGAAUCUACCGUUCUGAUAAUUGAUCAAGCCGAGUUAGUUGAGGAAGAUAUUUUGGAGUAUAUCAAUAAUUUAUUAAUUAGCGGAUUUGUUCCAUCAUUGUAUUGUAACAAUGAAAAAAAGUCGGAGAUCAUUAUAAGUUUUAAAACCAUACAUCAGAAAUACGGUUCUACCUUAACUGCAGACAUUUGCUGGAGUAAGUUUUUAAACAAUUGCUUAAAUAAUCUUCAUGUGGUAUUACUAAUGGCACCCGGUCAUAACUUAAGAAAGAGAUUCAGAAAGUUUCCUGGUUUGAUAAAUAAAACAUACAUCGAUUGGAUUCACGAUUGGCCUGUUCAAGCGUUAAAAGCUGUGGCUGAAAGAGUUUUGGUCGAUGAAAAUAUUAUUUCUGACGAACAUUUAAGUAAUAUCACGAAACAAUGUAUUUAUAUGCAUCAGUCUGCGGUUAACUAUACUAAAUUGUAUUACAAAGAAGCCAUAUGGAAAAUCAGUUUUUCAUUGAAACACAUGUUGGAAUGUAUGACUGUAUUCAAGGAUUUAAUUAAAAAGAAAAACAGUAUUUUAGGAACAAAAGUUCAGCAAUUGACAAUCGGAUUAAAUAAAAUAGAUGACAUUUUAGAAGAACUGACUAGACUCAAGGCGGUACUCCUUCAACAAGAAGCAGAUAUAGCUAAGCAAAAUAGUGAAUAUUCAAUACUGAAUGAAAAAAUUAAUAAAACGCAUACUUUAAUUGAAGAGCAAACCAUCGCUGUAAAUGAACGCACUGAAGAAUUGAAAAAUAACAACGAACUUAUUAAAAUCAACGAAUCUCAGAUGACAGAUUUAGUGGAUAAGACUAAACCCAUUUCAAUUACUUUCAAACAUGUUUUCAGUGAAAUCGAUUCAACCGAAUUGCAAGAAAUCGGCUUGAUGGAAUCGCCUCCUGAGUCCAUAGUAAUUUUAUUGGAGUGCAUAGCAAUUAUCAAAGGAUAUAAAGAUGUUAAUGCAUGGAAAACGUUGAGUGAUAUGAUUGGUGAACCGAAUUUCUUGGAUGGCCUAAUGACGGUAGAUGUGAACAAACUGAACCAUCGACAAGAAAGUCAAAUACAAACUAAAUUAAAGCAAUUCAAAAAAACAUUCGAUAUAAAAAAUAUUAGUCCUAUUGAAAACAGUAUUCUGCGGUUUGUUGAAUCAGUCGUGGCGUGUUGUGUCCUCAAUCGAGACAUUAUACCGUUAAGAUCUAAAAUGGAAAAAUUGGAAGAAGAAUUUCGCAAUAAAACACAAAACGUUAUUGACCUAGAAGCAACUCUAAAAAAUACUCAAAAUAUAUUGUCCAAUUUACAAAUAUCAUUUGAAAAAUGUUCAAACACAAUCAUAUGUUUAAAAAAACAAAACGAUUUCACGAAAAAACGGUUUGAAUCGGCUAAUUUACUUGUACAGGAAUUGAGUGAUAAAAAUAAAAAGUGGAGAGAAUUUAUAGAAAAAUCGAAAUCAGUUAAAGAAGAAAUGAUCGGUAACUGUUUGCUGUGUGCUUCAUUUUUAGUCUACGCCGGUCCGUUCUCAUUGAAAUACCGCAUAAACAUGAUAUUGAAUGAUUGGUUUAAAAACAUAAUUCGUCUGAAAAUACCGUUGGACACAAAUCUGAAAAUCGAAAAUCAACUAUCUGACGAUAUCGAAACUACAAAGUGGACAAUUGAUGGUUUACCGUCCGAUGAAUAUCAUGUUCAAAAUGGUAUAAUAAUUACUCAGUCUCUUCGGUAUCCACUUUGCAUUGAUCCACAAGGUCACGUACUUAAAUGGAUAGUCUGUUUUGAAAAAAAUAACUCACCAAGCACAGUUUCUUUCGUUGAAUUUGACUGUUUUGAUAGUUUGAAAAAAGCCAUUCGUAACGGAUCACCGAUAAUUCUUACAGACUUUGAAAACAUGAGCUUAGAUCUUAAAGACUUGUUGAAUAAAAAUAUAAGACAAAACAUUUCUGGCUGUGCGUACGUCGAAGUUAACGAUCAUCAAGUAGAAUACAACAAAAACUUUAGACUGUACCUCAUGACUAAACAGACCAAUCUGAACCUUACAUCAGACGUUUAUUCAACAACAACCGUGGUUAAUUGUUCCAUCACGCAAAAAGGCUUAGAAGAUCAUUUGCUCGACGAAAUCUUCAAACUUGAGAAUGUCGAAUUGGCAGACAAAAUGGAAAAAAUGUUUAUUCAAAAUUAUGAAAACCGCUGUGCUCUUCGACUUCUUAAAAAUACAUAUCUGGACCAUAUCGCGGAUUGCGAAAGUCCUUUAAUCGAUUUUCUACAACUUGCAAAUACACUGAAGACCAUAAAGUCGAAAAUAAAUUUUGUUGCAUCCGAGUUAGAGUUGACGUUGGAAAUGAAAUCCGAAAAUGAUAAAUUUAAACAAGUUUACAAGACAGUUUCUGUACAAGCAGCUCUAUUUUACAAAGUUCUUUAUGACUUAAGAGCUAUUGAUCCGUUGUAUCAGUUCUCGUUACAAUCUUUCACGCAAUUAAUGAUAAACUCCAUUAAUUCCACUCCGCAAGAACCGAUUUUAACAAAGAGAAUAACUAAUAUUAAUAAACAACUCACUAAUGAUUUAUUAGAAUUUAGCAGUAUUUGUAUUUUUGAAAAGCACAAACUGCUCUUUUUAUUUCAAUUAGUGUGCAAUAUGGAAAAAAAUAAUGGCAAAUUGUCAGAUUCAGAACUGAUAUUUUUUGUUAAAGGCAGCGUGGGUAUGCAAAAUAUCAGUAUGAAAAAUCCUACACAAUGGUUACCAAAUAAAUGUUGGCAAAAUAUCGUUAAAUUGAGUUUUAGCUUUUCAAACUUUUCUAGUCUCGUUGAACAUUUUAAAACCAACGUUGAAGAAUGGAAACAGUGGUAUUACUUAGAAUACCCAGAAGUCGUCAACACUAUACCAAUUCAAAUGGUCAAGUAUUUUGAUGUUUUAAUGCUUUUAAGAUGCUUUAGAACCGAUCGAGUGCAACAAGCUGUUCAGAAUUAUAUCAUCGAGGUUUUGAAAAUAAGUAAUCAUAACUUCGUAAACAAAGGGAAAACAAGUCUUGACUUCAUCUAUGAAAAAUUUUCAAACUUGUCAUCGUGUAUUUUAAUACUGAAUUACGGAAUAAACUCCAUGUCAGACUUAAUUGAAUUAGCCAACAAAAGUGGAAUAUUGGGCCCUACUUUCAAAGUUCUUACUUUAGGAAUUGCUCAAGAAAACAUAAUUUAUUCGUCCUUGCAAUCGGCGAUGGACCGAGGAAAUUGGAUAAUUUUGCAAAACUGUAAUUUCUCUAUUCCAUUGUUAUGUAAAAUCGGAUACUUCUUAGAAGAAAGAAGUCAAUCUUGGCAUUCAAACUUCAGACUAUGGCUUUUGAUCAACUACGAAUCUUCGGUGAUCGGAUCACUCUCGGUACCACUUCUAUUGAGAUCUUUAAAAGUUAUAAUGGAACCUUCCAAAAAUAUGAAUGUGUGCAUGAAAAACGCGUUAGAAACGGUCGAUAUUACCAAUUUAGAAAACAGAAACCAUCAUCCUUUGUUCAAUUCAUUAUUAUAUACAUCAUUAUUCCUCCAUGGAAUACUAUCCGAACGGAAGAAGUAUAACAAAUUGGGCUGGAGUCUGCUUUACAAUUUCGAUUUUUCAGAUUUUUCUAUGUGUCAACGAGUUUUAAAUUUAUAUUUGAACAAGAGCAAAACAGACGAAAUACCAUGGGCGAGUUUUAAGUAUUUAAUCGGAGAAAUCAUUUAUGGUGGAAAAGUAGUUAACAGUUACGACCGUCGAAUACUGUCGACUUAUAUUGAGGAGUAUUUUGGGGACUUCAUUUAUAGCACUUACCAACCGUUCAGCUUUUACACUAGUAAAAACACAAUUUAUUUAAACAACUACUUGCAAAUGGAAAGAAAGUUACUGCAAGGUUCUAGUGAAGCAAAUAUAUUACUAGAUACAGUAAACGAAAUUCCGAUAGUUGUUGACCCGGAAGUAUGUGGAUUGCAUUCAAACGCUAUUUUUAUUUAUAAUAAUGAAAAAAUAACAUGUUUAUGGAAUGAUAUGGUUAAAUUGUACCCGAGCGGCGGCACUACGUUCAACAACGACUACAACGAUUGGUAUGAAGUAGUGAAAUAUAAAAGCGAAGAAAUCUUGAAUUCGCUUCCUUUAUCGUUUGACGUGGAAAAAGUGCAACAUUUCUAUUGCGGCAAACAUAACAAUCCGAGAAUUAUGGUUUUGUUCCGAGAACUGGAAAUGUUCAACUUACUUCUAGAAAUGAUCGGAAGCACUUUGAAACAAUUGCUUAUGGUGUUUUCUGGGAAAUUGGAAAUAAAUUCAGAGACGGAAGAGUUGUAUACAAGUUUAUACACAGACCGCAUUCCAAAAUGCUGGACCAACUUAUCGCCACAGACAGUCAAAUCAUUAGCUCGAUACAUGGAACAUAUACAAAAACGACAUUUACAGUAUUCAACUUGGAGUCAAAUAAGAGAACCAUUAGUCAUGUGGUUGUCCGGACUGCAUUCUCCUAAAUCGUAUAUUACUUCUUUAAUACAGAUCGCCUGUAGAAAAUACGACUGGGCCCUCGAGAAAAGUACGUUUUGCACCUCUGUAACUCGGUGGGUAUCCGACAGCGAAGUGCAGCGUGAACCGGAUACAGGAUGCUACGUAAUGGGCUUGUACUUGGAAGCGGCUCGCUGGGACAUGAAAAAUGAAUGCUUGGCCGAAUCUAGACCACAAGUUAUGGUUGAAAAUCUACCAAUAUUAGCCAUCGUGCCGAUCGAAUGCCGUCUUUCGAAAAUGUCAAAACACACGAUUAGCCUUCCGGUUUACGUGACAUCAAAAAGAGGAAAUGCCGUGGACGACUGUUGUGUGUUUAGAGCUAAUUUUAAUACUAGUGUGCAUGAACAUUUUUGGAUUUUACGAGGCGCGUGCGUUCUUAUGAAUUCAGAAUAACUGUUUACAGUAGGACUUGUGACUUGUAACUAGCUAAUUGUAAAAUAAAAUAAUAAUGAUAUUUAAAGAAUAAAAAUAAAACUACUUAAUAUAA